AUGGAUGAACACCCACCCUUUGCCUCUGUCCCCCACACAGUGCGGCUACCCCUGCCCGGAGUGGCUGGUGGUCAACAUCGGCUGGCUUUCCGUGGAGCUGCCUGUCUCGUCCUGGGUUGUAUGAUUUUUCCUGAUGGCUGGGAUUCAGAUGAGGUAAAACGGAUGUGUGGUGAAAAGACAGACAAGUACACGCUGGGGGCUUGUUCGGUCCGCUGGGCAUAUAUCCUGGCAAUUAUUGGAAUCUUGGAUGCCCUGAUCCUCUCAUUUCUGGCAUUUGUGCUUGGCAACAGACAAGACAGCUUGCUAGCAGAGGAGCUCAAGUUGGAAAACAAAGCACCAUGUGGCAGCGAGUUCCUGAAGCUCACUACCGACUGCUAA